GUUACCAGAAUCUGCCUGGCUAAUGUUAUUUUCUCCCCUUGGCUUGAUAGAUACCGGCAGAACUUUGCAAGCAGAGGCUGGCUCAGGAAAUGCUGGGGUGCGCAGCUGACAAUGGAGAGAUGCAAGAAGAACAAAGAAAUGGUGAGGAUUACAUGGACAACAGGAACUUUCCAGAACUGCAUUGUGAGGCUAGGAAGCACGCUGAGGACCAGGCCGAGGAGAAGCCAGUUCAGUCUGGAUGUUCGGAAAGUCCAUUGUGGGACCCCCAGGAAUCUGACUGCCUCCCUUCCAUUUUCCUGGCUGCCUUUCUGGUCCUCCUGUUUGUCUCUGUUUCAGUGCUCCUACUUCGUCACGAGACUGUCCGCUUUCCUUUGAGGGACCACAAGUCCCUGAGCCCCAACAGGGUUCGUCUGCCACAGGAAGACUUCCAAUCCCUUCGCCUCCUUUUCCCAAACCAGCCGGAAUCAACCUGGACGACGUUCCGGCGAUAUGUAAGCAACUCAUUGGGAAAAUGUCAUCUGGAGAGGCCUUGGAUCCUGGUUGGAAUUGGCCCCAGAGAUGCCAGCAAGACCCUCCUCUGCUUCACGAAAGCGAUGCUCUCCCUGCAGGCUCAGCAAAAAUCCAUAGAAGUUCGGUUGCUGGACCCAACCAGCGCUUGGCUUCCUCUGAUGGGAUCCUUUGAAAACAGGACUUGGGCGAUCACGAGUGCGAAGGUUCUUGUGGGGCGAAGGAGUCUCCCGAGUGGAUUGGUGGUGUCAUUGCAAAGUGCCCUGAGUGGGAAAGGGGAGGUCACGAAGACCACAUUUGCCCUUGUGUUGAAGGGUGUGGAGCAGAUUCAGGAAAAGGUCCUGCUCCAAAGAUUGACCUCUUUGUUGGUGUCUGGAAUUCUGAGCAGAAUCCACUUGAAUACUGAUAGGGGACUGAAUAAAGUGAUGACUGACAACGGGAACUUUCCUGUCCUCUUCAUCAAAUCUGAGCAGUUUCUGGAAGAUAGAUGGCUUUGUCUGCUAAAGAAGGCUUAUGUUACGAGCCAUCCUUCUGGAGAAAGGUGUUUUCUAAGCGCUUUGGGACAGGUAGAUUAA